AUGGACGUGGUGUUUCUCCAUAUUGCACUAAAGAAAUUAGACCCCGACACCGUGCGUGCGUUUGAAAUGGAGCAUCGUAGCUCGGAGAUGCCUUCCUUUCAUUCAUUUGCAUCGUUCGUGCGAGAUCAAAUAAAGGUAAUGCAGCGCUCUCCGAACGUUAAACAGGAGAUUAAAAGGUGCGUCGACCGUAGACAGACUCAACCAUCUAAAAUAGCAGGGUCGUUAACUUACGUAACCGCUACGUCAGCAUCACUUCAGCAUGCUUGCAUCGUAUGUAAAGAUAAACACGGUAAUUUAUAUAAUUGUGCGACUUUUCGUAAAUAUUCACCAAGCGAACGUUAUAAAUUAGUAAAGACAAACAACCUAUGUCUGAACUGCUUAAGUGAUAAACAUUUAGUUGCAAAAUGCAAUUCGCGUUCCGUAUGUAGCACGUGCGCCAGGAAAUAUCACACGCUAUUACAUUUUGAAAAUAGCAACAUAGCGGCGUCAAGUAAAGCGGACAAGGAAUUCACCCCUACUAAAGUCAACGAUUCUAGCGGUCGACCUGGUGAUGUCGCUCUGUGCUCAUUGGCAAAUAUGGGAGCACAACCUCCUUCAACCGUGUUACUGGGUACGGCGCGUAUUUUGGUUAGGGAUUCGCGUGGAAACGAACAAAGCGUCCGUACACUGCUGGACAGCGGAGCCCAAAAUAGCUUUAUAACGCGACAAUGUUAUCAGCGCUUAGGCUUAGUAAUAAAUAGGUCACUUUCGUGUCCUGUAGAAAAAGGCAUCGGAGGUACUAGUAAAGCUAGCCAGGGAUAUAUAAAUUUAAAAUUUUAUUCUCGGAUAGAUCGUAAUGUUAACUUUGAUAUAAAUGCACUAGUAGUGGAUAGGGUCACUGAACGGCUGCCAACCGUUUCGGUUGACACCUCGGCAAUGAUUGAAUUUAAAAAUUUGACUCUAGCGGACGACACUUACGCCGUUCCUGGAAACAUAGACAUGCUCAUUGGAGCAUCGCUUUUCCCUCAUCUUUUGCUAAACAAUAAGGUCAGGGGCAACUCCUCGCAUACCGCGCCUUACGCACUGGAAACCGUAUUGGGCUACGUCAUCGUUGGCUCCGCCCCCAUCAUGGAUAGUAUUUCGGCAACCUCUUAUUGUGGUAUGGCUGUCGAACCGCUCGAGUCGUUAGUCCGCAAAUUUUGGGAGAUGGAGGAGGUGAACGUCCCACCCAUAGCUAGCUCAGAUGACAGAUUAUGCGAGGAAAUUAACGUCCGCACGACCGUUCGUGAUCGCGACGGUAGAUAUAGUGUAGCGCUACCUUUUAAAGGAGAUGUUUUAUCUCUCGGCGAUUCGCGGCAAAUGGCGGAAAAACGUUUCUACAGCUUGGAGCUUAAAAGAAGCUUAUGA